AGGCUUAUAUAUACCCAAGUCUUUGCUACAAAAUCUUCACAACUUGCAUGAAAACAACACACAACAUGGGUUCUUCAUUUUGGACUAUGUGUAUAGUUUUAUCAUCACUAGUUUCUUCUUCAUUCUGUGCUCUUCCACGAAGGCCAGUGGAUGUUCCAUUUGGCAGAAACUAUUACCCUACUUGGGCUUUUGAUCACAUCAAAUACUUCAAUGGUGGUUCUGAGAUUCAACUUCAUCUUGAUAAGUCCACUGGUACUGGUUUUCAGUCGAAAGGUUCAUACUUGUUUGGUCAUUUCAGUAUGAACAUUAAGAUGGUUCCUGGUGAUUCAGCUGGAACAGUAACUGCCUUCUAUUUAUCUUCUCAAAAUGCUGAACAUGAUGAAAUAGAUUUUGAGUUCUUGGGCAACAGAACUGGACAACCUUACAUUUUACAAACAAAUGUGUUCACUGGUGGACAAGGUAACAAAGAACAGAGGAUCUUUCUUUGGUUUGAUCCUACAAAAGAGUUUCACAGAUACUCCAUUCUAUGGAACAUGUACCAGAUUGUUUUCUAUGUGGAUGAUGUUCCAAUCAGGGUGUUCAAGAACAGCAAGGACUUGGGAGUGAAAUUUCCAUUUGACCAACCAAUGAAGAUAUACAACAGUUUAUGGAAUGCGGAUGAUUGGGCAACAAGAGGUGGUUUGGAGAAAACAGAUUGGUCAAAAGCACCAUUCAUAGCUGGAUACAAAAGUUUCCACAUUGAUGGCUGUGAAACUUCUGUUAAUGCAAAAUUCUGUGCGACACAAGGAAAGAGAUGGUGGGAUCAAGUUGAGUUUCGUGAUCUUGAUGCUGCUCAAUGGCGUAGCUUAAAGUGGGUGAGAGAGAAAUACACCAUUUACAAUUACUGCACUGAUAGAAAACGUUUACCUCAGAUUCCUCCCGAAUGCAAAAGAGAUGGUGACAUAUAAAUAUUCAUGUAUACUGCAUAAUUUUACUAUGAAUUUCUUUUUGUAUGUAUUUGUAUCAUAAAUUAUUUGUUGUUGCCACUGUUAUAUUAAUUACAUGAACAAUGUAGUGAUUCUAAGGCCGAACCUAAGGGAGCCUCUAUGUAUAUGUAAUUCUAUAUUGAUUGAUCAUUUAUCAAUAAAAGUAACAACUGUUUGCUA